AUGUCAUACUCAUUUCUUACUACCCUGGCUGCCUUGACUGUUGCCGUACAAGGCCUAAACCCAUGGCAAGCCCCGGGCCCAGAUGAUUCUCGCGGUCCCUGUCCCAUGUUAAACACACUAGCCAACCAUGGCUACCUACCUCAUAGCGGCCGAAACCUCACGGUACAGCAGUUUGGCGAUGCUAUGGCCCAAGGCCUUAAUGCAGACCCCUUGUUCGGCACGGCGCCUGCGACCGGGUUCACGCUUGUCUGGGGCCGCAGUACCUUUGACCUUGAGGACCUUAAUACACCCGGUCUUAUACAGCAUAUCGCCUCCUUGACACGCGAUGAUGUAACGCCUGCAGAGGCGAACAUUGGCGAGGUCCCGGCCCGGGUAUCUGCUUUGCUGGACGAUAGUCCAACAGACUACCUAGACGUUGCGUCUCUUGCAAAGAGUCGCGUCCGUGUCGAGGCAUUAUCCGCGCCACAGCGGAUACCACCCCAGCAUGAAGUACUGGCGCUUACAGAGGCUGGUUUAUUGCUGAUGAUGAUGAAGGACGGUCCAGUACCGUCUUUUUUUAGCGCGCCCUCUGUACAGACUUGGAAGGCGCCCAAAGACCGUGUAAAGGUGUGGUUGACAGAGGAGAGGUUCCCAGAGGAGUUGGGGUGGAAGCGUUCAGAGCGAACGCUGAGCGUGCUAGAUCUCGCGCCGGUUGUGACUGCUGUUACGGCUCGAAAGGCAGCAUCGGCUGUAAUGGGUCAGUAG